AUGCAGCUCCCCCCACAACUCAGCCACACCUCUCAGCAUUGUAUUCACCCGAGUCCCCGCAAAAGCGGCAUCUCGCCCGCCAGCAUCACCGACACGGCGCUGGCGGAACUAACUCCCACUGGCGCGGCUUGGUACUUCCCGGCGCCCGCAUCGGGGUCAUACGACCCGGUGCUCCUCACCACCGCGCUCGAAGCAACGCUGGCAAUAUAUCCGCAGCUUUGCGGCGCACUCAGCCUCACCCCGCCCAAUAACGCGGAAUAUCCGCCCCACACAAGACGCUACGGCCGCGUCUGGGUGCGUUGGGGCGACGACGAACCCGGCCUGCUCCUCACGCAAGCCAAGUGGGGUGGACCGCUGGCGGACGUGCUUCCCAUGAACAGGGGGAACGAAGCCAUCUCUUCAGCCGUCAUGCCGAACAUCUUUGCACUCCUCCGACUCCGGCCUAGCGCGCUGGGACCGGCCUGUCCUGGCCCAGCGGCCGUGGCGCAGAUCACGGCGUUCAAUUGUGGCGGCGUGGCGCUGGCCCUUGCCGCCCAACAUGCACUACUCGACGCGCACGCACUCGCGUACGUCCUCCGCGACUGGGGCACAAUUCACACCGCUAUGCUGCGCGGUGCGCCGCAGCCAACUAUCACGCGGACAUACGCUCCAAUGGACCUCGAUGCGCACGCAUGCGCAGACACGCCUGGCCCACAGCUAGAGGAGCUGGCAAACACCGUGCCGCAGCUGCGCCUGGAUUUCUGGGCCUACGACCCGUCCGACCCCAAUGACCAAGCACCGGGGGCAGCCGGCCGGCCGCGUGGACCCCGGGCGCCCUUCGAGACCUGGGAUGCUGACGCAGCGGUGGGUGACGCUGUCCUGGACCUCUCCGCUGCCGACGUGGCGCGCCUCUCUACACCGGGAGUGAGCGCGCUCGACGGUGUGUUGGGUGCGGCAUGGCGCGCUGUCGUGCGUGCUCGCGAGCUCGACUCUGAGGUGUGGAUGCAUGGAUGUGUGGGCCUGCGUACCCGCCUCGGCCUGCCCGACGACUUCCAGGGCGCGCCGCUCAUCAAUGUCUCUGCGGGCUUGGACGCCAAAGCACUCCUCGGCAAUCCGGGAGCUGGCGCACGUGCGAUUCGUGCAGGAAUCAAGAGCGUGACGAAGGACAGGGCGUCCGCCGUCCUGCACCACAUGGCGAACGCACUCGACCCCGCACGCGAGUGGAACGUCUUCGUCGGCAGCCGUAAUAUUCUUUCUACUAGCUGGCUGGGAAUUGGCGCAUAUGCCGCUGACUUCGGAUAUGGGACUGCUGCGCGUGUGCAUCCCUUCAUGCCGCCGGUCGACGGAAUUAUUGUAGUGAUGGAAGCGAAGGAGGCGGGAGUGGAGCACGGCGCCCGUGGCGGCGUGAGUCUCCGCCUCCUCCUGCGAGAAGAAGUGCUUGCGCGCGUCCUGUCUGAUCCGGAGUUAGUGGGAAAGUGA